AUCUUCGUUUCAAUCUCUCGUAUUUCUUGCAGUGUUGCAGAGACAUGGCAGAAACCCCAGUCCGAUUCGGGAUUCUGGGCUGUGCAGGGAUAGCGCAGAAACAAUCGAAAGCUAUAACCCUCUCUCCCAACUCGACUCUCUACGCCGUCGGCAGCCGUUCCUUGGAGAAGGCCAAGAAAUUCGCUGCAGAGAAUGGGUUCCCUCCGUCGGCGAAGAUUUACGGCAGCUACGAAGCAGUUCUCGAUGAUCCAGACGUUGAUGUCGUGUACGUGCCCCUUCCAACUAGCCUGCAUGUGCAGUGGGCGGUGCUGGCUUCGAAGAAGAAGAAACACCUGCUGCUGGAGAAGCCUGUGGCCUUGAACGUUGCUGAGUUCGAUCAGAUCGUCGAGGCUUGCGAGGCUAAUGGGGUGCAGUUCAUGGACGGAACCAUGUGGAUGCACCACCCAAGAACUGCCAAGAUGAUGGAGUUCCUUUCCGAUACGGAGCGUUUCGGUCACCUCAAAACGAUUCACAGCUUCUUUUCAUUUGCCGGUGAUGAUAAUUUUCUCAAGAAUGACAUCCGAGUAAAGCCAGGUCUUGAUGGCCUUGGGGCUCUGGGUGAUGCUGGGUGGUAUUGUAUCAGAUCAAUACUGUGGGCUACUAACUAUGAACUACCCAAGACUGUGACUGCCCACCGUGGACCUGUUAUCAAUGAAGCAGGAGUGAUCUUGGCUUGUGGAUCUUCUUUACAAUGGGAAGAUGGGAAGACAGCAACUUUCCAUUGUUCAUUCUUUACCAAUUUGACAACGGAUAUAACUGCAGUUGGAACAAAAGGAACUUUACAUGUUCAUGAUUUUAUUGUCCCUUUUGAGGAGAAAACUGCUUCAUUUUCUACAAUUUCUCAGAUAAGAUUCGCAGAGCGUGCAUUGCCUUCGCAAAAUGUGAUAACAACUGAUCUCCCUCAAGAGGUAUGCAUGGUGAGUGAGUUGUCAAGGUUGGUAAAGAGUAUAAAAGAAGGUGGUUCCAAACCUGAGAGUAAGUGGCCCAGCAUCAGCAGGAAGACACAACUGGUUCUUGAUGCUGUCAAGGCAUCCAUUGAGAAAGGUUUCGAGCCAGUUCAAGUGGGGGUUUAAGUGUGGA